AUGAAGUUCAUGAAGCUUGGAUCCAAACCUGAUUUCUUCCAGACUGAUGGAGACAAUAUAAGGUACGUCGCAACUGAGUUGGCAACUGACAUAGUUGUUAACGUCGGAGAUGUGAAAUUUUAUUUGCACAAGUUUCCGCUUUUGUCCAAGAGUGCACGCCUGCAGAAACUGGUCGCAACCACAAAUGAAAACAGUGAUGAGAUCCGCAUCCAUGAUAUUCCUGGUGGACCUGCUGCUUUUGAAAUAUGUGCCAAGUUCUGUUACGGCAUGACGGUCACUCUCAAUGCAUACAAUGUGGUUGCAACUCGAUGUGCAGCAGAAUACCUGGAGAUGUAUGAAACUGUUGAGAAAGGAAACCUUGUCUACAAGGUUGAAGUCUUCCUAAACUCUAGCAUCUUCCACAGCUGGAAAGACUCAAUUAUUGUUCUUCAGACUACCAGGUCUCUUCUUCCAUGGUCCGAGGAAGUUAAGGUGGUGAGCCACUGCCUUGAUUCCAUAGCUUCCAAGGCUUCCAUUGAUACCUCCAAGGUGGAAUGGUCAUAUACAUAUAACUUAAGAAAGCUACCAUCCGAUAAUGGGAAUGAACACUGGAAUGGUGUGGGAAAACAACAGGUAGUUCCAAAAGACUGGUGGGUAGAAGACCUCUGUGGGCUUCAACUUGAUUUAUACAAGCGGGUGAUAAAUAUAAUUAAGACCAAGGGAAAACUCUCUGGUGAUGUAAUAGGGGAAGCCUUAAAGGCAUAUUCUACCAGAAGGUUAUCAGGUUUUAGCAAGGGUAUGAUUCAGGGUGGUGAUGUCAUAAAGAAUAGAUCAUUGGUGGAGACUGUAAUCCACUUACUUCCUGCAGGCAGUGUCCCUUGCAGUUUCUUACUUAAGUUGUUAAAAGCAGCAAUAUUGUUAGAAUGUGGAGAAAUGGAAAAAAGUGAAUUGAUUAGCAAAAUUGGUCAGCAGCUUGAUGAGGCUACAGUUUCUGAUCUUUUAAUUCAAGCCCCAACUGAGGAAGCAUUGAUGUAUGAAGUUGAUAUAGUGCAAAACCUAAUUGAGGAGUUUGUGACCCUUGAUCGAAGUGCUCAAACUGAUCCUUCAAUGGAAGCUGAAUUCCAGGAGAUUAGAAGCCCCAGGUUCCUAUCAGAUACUUCCAAGGUGAAGGUGGCAAAACUGGUUGAUGGCUACCUUACUGAAGUUUCACGUGAUCCCAACUUACCUGCAUCGAAGUUUGUCAGGCUUGCUGAAAUGGUAUCAAACUUCUCAAGACCAACCCAUGAUGGACUUUAUCGUGCCAUUGACAUGUAUCUAAAGGAACACCCAGGGAUCAGCAAGAGUGAGAGGAAGAGAAUAUGCAAAUUAAUGGAUUGCAGGAAGUUGUCAACAGAUGCCUGCAUGCAUGCUGUACAAAAUGAGCGGCUGCCCUUAAGAGUCGUUGUGCAGGUCCUUUUCUUUGAACAGAUUAGGGCUUCAGCAUCCGGUGGCAACAGCACACCUGAUCUACAAGGGUCCAUAAGGGCCUUGCUCCCUGGUGGGUCUCAUGGGAGCUCAAGGUCCACUACAACCAACACAGAAGAGGACUGGGAUGCUGUGCCGACAGCAGAGGAAAUCAAAGCUUUAAAAGGGGAGCUUGCUACUCUAAGGUUAGGUGAUGUGAAUCGGGGAGUAGGCAAUGAUAGAAACGCGAAUCACGGUGCCACAAAUAAUUCUGAAAAAGUUGCUGCCAGUAAAAUGAAAGGUUUGCUCAUGUCAAAAAAGAUAUUUUCUAAGCUCUGGUCAAGCAAAGAAAGGAAUGGUGAAAUUAGCAGUUCUAACACAUCGGAGAGCCCUGGUUCUACUUCUACCAAUGCAGAAGAAACAAAAUCCACCCGGUCGAGGAGUAGGAGGCAUUCAGUAUCUUAG